AUGGUAUUGAGGUGUAUUGUCUCUUUGGAAGAGGGCACAACGUGGGGACUUCCAAAUCUGACUGCUAUCCGACCUCAUCAUAACAAGGAGCUGAGCCACGAAGCCAAAAUCGCCAGCGCAUUUGUAAUGAUUGUUCUCUUACUCACGGGUGUGAUCGGAAACGGGCUUGUCAUCUUUGUGACCGGCUACAAAAUUAAGACGACAGUUAACUCCAUGUGGUUUCUCAACUUGGCGAUUACAGACUUGAUUUUUAUUCAAUUUUUGGUUUACUUAAUUGUUGAUGUCUUUGACAGAAGAGUUCGUGAAGACAUUCUCCUGUAUAAAUGUGGUUAUUUUACUUUUGUGUUAACAAUGUUUGCGAGUGCUUUCUUUCUGACGGUCAUCAGCGUGGACCGAUUUCUGUGCACAUGGUGUGUGGUGUGGGCUCAGAAUAAACGGACUCUAGUCAAAGCCAGAAUCAUCUGUGUGUUUGUGUGGCUUUUAUCCAUCUGCUGCAGCAUCCCUUUUGUCGUUUUUAUCUCUAAAACUCACAAGGAAUUUCAAACAUUUGAACAUUAUGUCGAUUCAUGCAUGUCUCUGCUCAUAUACAUGUUUACGGUGGGCUUUCUAAUUCCCUUCUUGAUCAUUACAUCUUCAUAUAUUGCUAUUGGUGUGCGGGUAAGACGCCUACCGAGGGGAAAUCAGAUUUGGCUUUUCCGGGUAAUAUUUGUGAUUUUGGCCUUUUUUAUAAGCUGGUGUCCUUACCAUGUUCUACAUAUGUGUAUCAUAAGUGCAAGUAAGAAUGGUUGGAGUGACAGUGUUGUAGAGAAACUUUUUAGAGGCCAUCCUUUUGCAAUUUGCUUGGUUCUUCUAAACAGCUGUCUGAACCCCAUUCUCUAUGUGUUCAUGUGUGACGAGUAUAAGACCAAACUUAAAAGGUCUCUUCUGCUGGCACUUGAGGGGGCUUUUACUGAGGAGAAUCUGGGUUUACGUUAA